AGUCCUGUCUCUGCAGGCUUUUGAGUUUUAGGAGCGUGUUACUGAUGCAUGGUCGGCUCUGACUGAGAAGAGGCUGGGAAAGUUGAUUAGUUUGAUUAGUGUCUUGGAAGGAGUGGGUUGCCCGUUUUACUGAAACACACACGCACGCACGCACGUACGUACACACGCAUAGCCACACACACACACACAUAGAUUGAGUGUUUGCUCACUGGUAAUGCUUUGCACAGCACUAAAGCGAUUGGUGCUGAGAGGGAGCCCUGGCAGAUCAGCGGAUGAAAGCGGAUGAAUGAGUGGGAGCUUCGCUGAGAUGUUGCACUCCGGCGUAAUGCUGUUUUGACUGGUAGGAGUGAUUGAGAACUGAGGCCAACGUGAACAAGAAAUAGCAAGAGUUCAUGUCAGUCUACAGUUAUUCUCAAACCUACACUAGGCAUAGCAAUUGGAUCACUCACUCCUGAGUGAGUUCUGAUGUGAGAAUCUCUAUUAGUACUAAUCAUGGAUGCUCCAUUUAGAAGCAUGUACUUAUCAAGUCCCUCGGAAGACCAGAACGGUAAUGACAUGCCCUGUCCAAAAGACUCUUCUCUGGAUUCGCUGACAUCCAGCAAUAAUUUUACCAAUAGCAGCAAAGACAAUCAUGGUGUUAUGGAGAUGCCUGGGUGCUGUAAUAGUGAAAUAACUUCAGUCAGCUGCUGCAAUGACAGAAACGCGUUUCCGGACAACUCCUUCAUUUCAGCUGAUCGUGAACAGGUUUUGCCUUCUGAGAUUCCUGUGGAGCAGAGUAACGCUUCCAUUCUGGAUUACAUGAAGACCAACAUUGAAAACUGGAACCAGAAUAUGGCACUGGUAAUAACAACAGGUUUACAAAAUGGGAACGCUGGCUCGGAUAAUGGGAACGCCGACAGCGUCGAGAGUGGCAGUGUUGAGAGCAGUGACAGAGUUUCAGAAUCCUCCCCAGAUUCCGCAGACAGAGAGAGCUUUGACCCGGGCUCGUACGCUCUUUCCCGCGGUAGCUCCAUCGAGAACGGAGGCUCGGUGAGCUCCGGGGAGAUGGUUCUGAGGGGGAACAGCUUUCUCCUGCAUGAAUCCGACCAACCGCUCAGCAUAUCCUUUCUAGAAAAGUCCAUAGACCCCUCAGAUGUACCCUCUGACAUGGCCUUGUUGUCUGGCAUGCUCCCUGAUGUCUGUGAGGGGCUCCACGCCAACACAGGAGGAGAGAACGUGGAGCUCCCACCGUCGGGAUCCACCUUCAUCCGACCAAAAGAUCAGACUUUUGUUCUAGAGGGGAACAUUGUUGAAACUCCUCCUGCUCCUCAGCACAGAACGGAGGAGGGGAAGUCUACGUCUCUUUUGAAUUCAGCUACCACUAGACAUGAGUCUUUGACCCCUGUACAGCAGAGAAAAAUUGCUCUGGAAGUGGAGAAACUACAGUGUUUCACAGGAGGAUCCACACAGUCUCUUUCAGCAGAGGGAAAGACUUUCUUUCUGUCGGGCACCGAGGAUUUAGACACCAGCUGCAACGCCCAGACCUCAACUCCAGUCCAGUCUGUGAGCAAUAAGACCUUUUGCCUGCUGUCCCUCACGGAGUCACCCCUCAUGAGGGAGAAGGGUGAUGUCCGGAGCCCUCUGGUCCAUGCCGCGAAAGAACAGCAGGGCGGUUUGAACUUGAAGUCCGUUGGGAUUGCCAGAACUCCCCUUACAAAAGCAGCCAAAAGCCACAAAGUGGAAAUAAAAACAUUUCCCAAGCCAGACUUCAGAAACGUUAAAUCCAAAGUCGUGUCACGACCCCCUAAUCCUUCAAAGCAGUCGAGUCAAGCCACGUUGAAGGUUACGCUAAAUCACUCAAAUCAAGUUACUGAAAGCCAAACUAUGAAAACCUCUCAUUCUUCACACUUAAAGUCGCCCCUUGCUAAAACUGCUACCUCUGGUGCUCCCAAAUCAACAGUCAUGCCAGUUAAGAGCGUCCCAAAGAGAGAGCAAAGCACCAAAGGGACCAAAAGACCACGGUCGUCCACUUGCCAGGAAAAGUCAGUCGUUCCUAUCUCCAGGCCACGCCGAUGGUCAGAGAGCGCUUGCUUGUCCAAAACAAGUGGAGAUACUCCGGAUCAAAAGGAGUCACGAGUCAUCUUCAGCGCUGCUCAAAGUUCCACUACUGCAGACAUUCCAAAUCAGAAUGUUGCGGUCAAACAUCCAGGCAGGAAAGUGCCUUCCAAAGAGGACAGAAAGAGGAAUGGGUCACUGGAUGGACAGCGAGGAUAUCAGAAAAUCAGUCUGGUGGCAGCUGUAUCCAAGCCAGCGGAAUCGGCCACGUGUGAGUGGAGUAAAGGAAAAUUUGGACCUCAGCCAUCCCCAGGCAGGGCAGGAGGUGCCCCAUCGUCCCGAGAUCCAGCUGCAAACCUUCGUCCGCCACCUUCCAAAACAAAGCAGAAGCCAGGCAGCGCAGGGAAAGAUGGCUCUUCUAACACUGACAUGCCUCUUCAAAGGAGUAAAGUGAACACACCAAGAGACAAUCAGAAAAUGCGUCUGACGGAAGGCCCAUGUGACACUGUUGCCGUGGGGACCAGCUCCAAACCCACCCUGAACACUGGAAAACCCCCCAUCCAUGCACACAUGCCUGGGGCAAGCUCCAGGUUGCCUGUAAAGUCCCAAGCCCCCCACAAGAGCCCCAGCAAAUCCUCUUACACCGCUGGACAAACCAAGCAAGACUGUACAAAGCCAUGUUCAGGAAUUUUAGGGAGAACCCCGUCAAAUAAGACUACGGGGCCAAGUGUCAAACUCCGCCCACUCCCCAGCAGGAGCACGCCUUCAGUUGGAACAGGAUGCAAAGGUACAGCCUCCUCCAGCCAAGGCUCAGCAAAGUCGUUGCCCAGUCCCCUGAAACCCAGAGACGCAGCACGACCUGUACGACCGACCGGCGCUUCCUCAGUUGACAAGAACAAACCAAAGGCGAGCUCCAGGAACCAGCAGCAGCCCCAGGCAAACGGGCAUCCUGACCUGGUGCCGCCCGAGAGCAAGCCACAGGGCGUGGAUUACUACCGGGCUCUGUGUGAGAAGAAAACCCAGGCCAUCCACACACUGAAGAACACGCUUAUAUCAAACAACCGACGGUUUGAAGCCAUCGCCAUGGUUGUGCAACACCUACAUGCAGAGCAUGAGGAAGCCAUGAAGCAACGCAGGGAGCUGUCACAGGAACUGAUCACCCUGAGAGAGGAGCUAGUGAGCUCGACCCACUCGUGUGAGCGUCUGGAACAGGAGAAGGAGGAGCUCCGGAAAACCUUUGAUGGAGUCCUCAAGAAGGUCCAGGAGCAACACCAGAGCGACUUGGCCGACUUGGAGGACAGGCUUAAGACCUUCUACUCGGCCGAGUGGGAGAAGGUCCACCAGGCCUUCCAGGAGGAAGCCAAUAAGUGCAAGGCCCAGAUGGAACAGCAGCUGGAAGAUUUAAGAUCCAAACAUGAAACUCUGAGAAAAGAGUUGGAAGCUGCUCAUAACGACAAGAUGGAGAGCCUCAAACUACAGUAUGAAGAGUCUCUACAGGACCUCAGUAAAAAACAUGAAGCGGAAAUCCAAAAAAUAGACAACACUCUAAAGGAAACAGAGGCCACAUUGUCUAAUCAAAUUGAGGACCUCGUGGCCGAGAACAACUCCCUGAAUGAAAAGCUGAAAACAGAGGAGGAGCGGAGAAAAGAGCUGGCAGAGAGAAGUCAGAAGGACUCACACACCCUCUAUCUGGAACAAGAACUGGAAAGUCUUAAAGUGGUGCUGGACAUCAAGAACAAACAAAUCCAUCAACAGGACAAGAAGCUGAUGCAGAUGGACAAACUGUUGGAGAAAAACGUGAAGCUGGAUGAGUGUCUUAAAAAAGUCCAGCAGGAGAACGAGGAUCUGAAAGCCCGGAUGGACAAGCACGCUGCUUUGUCAAGACAACUUUCCACGGAGCAGGCCGCUUUACAGGAAUCUCUGCAAAAGGAGUCCAAAGUGAACAAACGUCUCUCCAUGGAAAAUGAGGAGCUCCUUUGGAAGCUGCACAACGGAGAUUUGAGCAGCCCCCGCAAGCUCUCCCCCUCAUCUCCCUCCAUGAGCAUACCGUCACCUCAAAAUUCCGGCGUCUUCUCCAGCCCCACGGUCUCACCUAGGUAACACUGGCCCCCUAGCUUCAAGGAAGCAGCCUAUCAAAUUUCGAACGAGGGCAAAGUUCCUCUUCUGUACCGAAAGCUAUGUUAGCUUUUUGAUCUUCAAGACCCUGUCACCUGGAGGCCAUCAUUUUCCAAAUGGAUCCUCUCAUGUGCUGUGUGUACAAUUUAAUGACUUCAUAGACUUUUAAGACAAUACUGCACAGACGCACUUACCAAAAAGGCCACCUUUUUGAUUUUUGCCUUUCUUGUUUGAAUUUGGAGGGGGGGAAAAGGGAAUUUCUCAGGGCUUGUACAUAGUCUCUCACUAUUUUGUCGCCUUUUUUUUUUUUUUUUGACUUCUGAAAUAUUUUCUCUGCUCAGUUGUUUUGGGUCAGAGAGAGGUUUUGUUAUUAGUUUUGGAUGUAUAUCAAAGGAUGUCUGUUUUAUCUGAUGACAAAAUGCUUUCUCAGUCUCUGUGUUGCUGUUUGUGGAGAGAGAGAAUCAGAAUGACCUCAGAAUCCAAAAAUUAAAGCCUUUUUUGGGGCUUUAAAAAGCUU